AUGACCUCCUCCCUUGAGCAGCUCAAGGCCACUGGCUCUGUUGUAGUCUGUGACUCUGGUGACUUUGCUACUAUCGACAAAUACAAACCGCAGGAUGCCACUACCAACCCAUCUCUGAUCCUUGCUGCGUCCAAGAAGGCCGAGUACGCGAGUCUUAUCCACCGUGCCGUCGAGUAUGGUAAGAAGCAGAAAGGUUCCAUCGACGUACAAGUUGAUUCAACUCUGGAUCAGCUGCUUGUUGAAUUUGGCAAGGAGAUCCUCAAGAUCAUACCUGGUAAGGUUUCCACGGAGGUCGACGCACGCUUCUCCUUUGACACUGAGGCCUCCGUCAACAAGGCUCUCCAUAUCAUCAAGCUUUAUCAGGAGAUCGGUAUCCCCAAAGAACGUGUCCUGGUUAAGGUCGCCUCUACAUGGGAAGGCAUCCAGGCCGUUCGCAUUCUUCAGUCCCAACAUGGCGUCAAUUGCAACCUGACUCUCAUGUUUUCGCUUGUGCAGGCUAUUGCUGCUGCUGAGGCAGGAGCCUUUUUGGUAUCCCCUUUUGUCGGUCGCAUCCUCGACUGGUACAAAGCCGCCCACAAGCGCGACUUCACUGCGGAAGACGACCCCGGUGUAAGGUCUGUGCAGAGCAUCUACAAUUAUUACAAAAAACACGGAUACAAAACAAUUGUCAUGGGAGCCUCCUUCCGAAACACCGGCGAAAUUGUCGAGCUCGCCGGCUGCGACUACUUAACUAUUUCGCCUGGCCUCUUAGAGGAUCUAUAUAACUCCAUGGACCCCGUACCGAAAAAGCUAGACCACACUGCUGCGACCGACCUCGAUAUUCCAAAGCGCAGCUAUAUCAAUGACGAGGCCCUCUUCCGUUUUGAUUUCAAUGAGGAGGCGAUGGCUGUCGAAAAGCUGCGCGAGAGUAUUUCCAAGUUUGCGGCUGAUGCCGACGCUUUGAAGGAAUUGCUGAAGCUGAAACUUCAGGCUUAG